GAACUACCUUACGGAUAUAUUCCUAACAGUCAGAAUUUCCAUCCGAUACUUCAACCACAGAUCAAAGCAAUCAGAGAAGAUCUGCUCGCCAACAACUCGGGACUUCUUCAACCUUUGGGCUGAUUCUUCGAGGACUCCAUCUUCAUUCUGUUACAAAACCAUGCAAGCACCAUUGUCUCCCACUUGAAAGGGAAUCGUCAAGCAUGGACGACUUCUUUACCCCGGUCAGCACCACCUACCGCAAGGCAAGGCCAGAUGAACUCUCAGCGGAAGAUGUAGCCACAAACAACAAGCAGUCCCAAUCAUCGAAACCGACUGCCACUGAAAUCCUCUCAGCAGAACAUGCUCUAGAGACUCUGAAGAAUCAGCCAAAUUAUGAUACUCUGAUUGGAGUCCUCAAGUCCCUCACAGAUGGCAGUGUUGCAGCAACAGGCUUCAGGCUUGCGACACCUAGCCCCGAAGCUGCGCAAAUUGUUCAGUGUCUCGUCUCGGAGAUUGUUCCCAACUACUGGCCUUUGCUCAAAGAGGACGCUGCCGGAGGAUCUAGUAUACAAGAUAUUGACAGCCCAAGAGACGUCGAGUUGCUGCUCCGGUGCUUGAGAAGCGUCACGGGUCUCAACGCCAUCAUCACUCGCAUGAAGGCCUUGGUGCAAGAAUCCAAGGCGAGCGUCAAAGAUGUGAAGCGACCAGAUCUGAGCCUAAAUUUAAAUGUGCUACUCGAGGUCAGCUCAGCGGUGCUGGGCAAGGACGAGUACCUUGCUACACUGUGGAUGGCGAGCAGCAUUGGACUGGAAUCUAUGGCGAGAAGACGACCAAUGUCGAAUGAGUUCAUUGCGCUGAUAGCUGAAGGACGACUUAUUUCAGUCGCAGCAGAGGCAGAUGCCAUCGCCAACCCGGACAGAAUCGGCAAAACCCAAUUUUGGAUCGCAGACGGGCAACAAUACAGCAGGUGGCUGGGUCGAAGUGUCGGGGCGUGGGCGAAGGACGAAAUCUUGUCUGAAGAUGUGAAGCUCUGUUCGGAAGUUUUCACAAGAUCACUUCGCCUGGGUUAUUCUGAUGCCCUGAUGAAGCAGUUCAUCGGAGAACUUCUGUUAGGCCCUGAGCAAAGCCGAAACGCGUUCUUCAAGCUCUUUGGCCAUUUCUCUCAACUCGAGCAAAAGCGAGUCAUCUUUGCUGUUCUCAAGCAUUUGUCGGAGGCAUUCCUCAACAAGCUAGGCGACGUCGAGCCUCUGAAGCCAAACUCGACGAUAUCCGCUGCUGCUGGAGUCAUCGAGAAAAUGGUCGCUGGCGAAGAAAGUCGUAAAACACAUCUCAUCUCUUGGUUGACCAGCUCAACUGGUGCCGGCCUGGGCGAUGGCAUAGGUAUCAGGCGCGCAGUCAUGGCGGCGCUUGCACAGGACAAAGAAUGCGUCACCCUUGUGUUUGAGAAGAGCCUUCACCAGUUCGGCGAUCAGCUAUACAUCAAGCACUCCCCGAUCAUGCAACAACAAGCCCAUGCUCAGGUCCUCCUCCUUAGCACCAGUUAUGUCAAUAAGCUCUCGUCUCUGAAGCUCAAAAUGCUCAUGCGAUCUUCAAGCUACCUUAAUACCGUGUCCAACCGGAUCGGUGCCUCACAAGAGAGGGCUAGAUUCUUGGGUAUGGCAGUGGGCGAGGCCCUCUCAAGCCUCAUCGACGGCGGUGAUAAGAAGCUGGAUUUCAAAAUGGAGGAAAUGGCAACGGAUGAAGCCCAGUUCUACAAAGAUCUCGCCAAAACGCUAGACAGUGCCGGACCUAUUGACCUGUUGAUCACCACUAUCGAGGAGAAACAAAAGAGACAGCCGCAACCACCAGUUCCCUCCCGCCGAAAGCCAGUACCAAAACCCAAGCAAACAGCCGCGCCCUCAAAGUUCAUCAUCCAAGAGGUCUCAGAUUCUGAAAGCGAGGACGAGGACCUCGUACCCUACGCCAAGCCCCCCGACGAUGCAGAAGACUCAGACGAAGAUGCCACGCUCAUCCGUCGCGACAAGCCGAAGGCCCCAGUCUACAUUCGCGAUCUCAUAGCCUACCUUCGCGACACUGAUAACUACGACAAGCAGAAAUUGGCCCUCACCACGGCCCCGCCCCUGAUCCGCCGCAAGGCAAACUUUGGCACGGAGGUCUCCUCCCAUGCAGACGAGCUCGCCACGCUUCUUGUCGGUCUACAGGACAAGUUUGAGAUUGAAAAUUUCCACAACCUUCUUCUUCAGGGUAUGAUAGCCAUCGUUGCAGCACAGCCCCAGAAAAUGGGACAGUGGUUCGCAAAGACCUUCUUUGACGGCGACUACUCUAUUUCCCAGCGUGCCUCGAUCCUUAUCGUCCUCGGCCUCAGCGCUCGUGAGCUCGCCGGCUUCGACACCUCAGAAUACGCGGCCGCCGCCUCGUUCCCCUCUAAACGCCUCCCGGAGAAGAUGGAAGCGCUCUACCUCGACGUGUCCACCGCCCAAGCCCGCCUUGCAUCCUCGUCAAACCUGAAGGCCAUCCCCGCCAACGCCCUCGACACCAUCGCCGACUCUUUAACAUCCUCCUUCUUAGCCCCAAUCGCCGCCAACGCAGCAGACGCAACAACGGGACCAGGCGUCCUCAAGCUCUCAACCUUCACCUCCCGUCUCCCCUCAAAAUCCACCAAGAAACCCGGCAUCCGCUCCAUCCCCAACACAACGGCCACCCUCCUCGCCACCUCCUUCUUCUUCCCUUUAACGGCCCGCUUCCAACACGCCCUGCGCUCCCACUCGGCCCGCUCAGUCAUCUUCAUCCAACCCUACCUACUCCCCCUCUACCUCAAGACCCUAGCCGUGCUCGUCCACGCCGCGGGCCCCGCGACGCUCGCCCUCCCGCAGAUGACGGCCGAACUCUGGGAUCUUCUGCUAGGCAUCCGCGCCCACGUCAACGGCGACGUGCCCGGCACGCACGCGCUGCUCAUCGCGCUGGCGGCUAUGCUCGAGGUCAAUGAGGCGUCUGACAUGCGGCGGCUGUGCGAGGCGCAUCCGCGCGAGGUCGUCGAGACGCAGGAGUGGGUUAGCGGUGUCUUUAACGGCACGCGGGGCGAAGAUGGCGGGGAGGAGAAUAAUGUCAAGAUGCUCUCUGCCGCGGUGCUCAUCAAGCUGCAGGAGGCAACGGAGAAGUACCGGGCCUUACUUCUGGGUGACAUGAUAGGUUUCUCAUAGAGUACGAUAGAACAGGCAGAGACAGUCUCAAAAGGGAAUCCAUGUUAUUGUAAAUAACCAUAUCUGACGUGGGC